AUGUCACCGUCUUCUCCUAUGUCGCCGUCUCGAAGGCACGGAAACCCGUCCCACCUAGACCUUUCUUCUGUGUAUUCCAAACCUCUGGCACCAAAUGGUUUCGGCCACAGUCCUCUACAGUCACCACUGACCCCGAGAUACUCCGUUCCUUUAUCGCCCAUGAGCCCUCAUCGACGUAGCUCAGAGGUGAUGGAUAAAUCUGCGAGGUUUUCUGCGGAGUUUACUAUCCAGGGUGACUCAGGAGGAGGUGGACUGGGGAACUUGGCAGACGAACUAGCAGAUGCAUGGGACGAGGACGGAGAAGGUGAAGAAGGCGAAGAAGACUUAUCUGGAUUCCAGGAACACGAUCAUGUCCAAAUACCUGACGAGGAGGAUGCAUCGUCCCGGUCGCGGGAUACCUCCGAGAGCGAUUCAGACGCUGAACCCUUGCGGGACGGAGAGUCGAAUCGAAGUAGUUUACAAAUUCCGAAGCAGAGAUCGAAAACAGGGCAAUAUCAGAAACACCAUCGGCAUGAACCUUCGUAUGAUGGCUCGGAUUACGGGAAUGACUCGGAUUUUGAGGAACCUGGCGACCUUACGCCAGGACUAGAGAAGCAGAUGGCGGGGAUCGAAAAUCUUGUUCGAUGGAGCAUGGGAGACAAUCUACCCUCCGGAAAAAUUGUCGACCGAGUUGUCGAAAGCUUGCGGGAUCUAGGAGGUCAGAGUGGGAUUGAAAAUAGCGCUACUAGACUGAUUACUGCACACGCAUCUCUUGCCUCGCAUCUAACGUCCCAGAUACGUGCGUUACAAACCCUCACUCAUCCACUUCUCUUCUCGCGUUUUCCUACCUUAUCCUCCGAAGCAAUUGAGGACCUCGUCCCUCUAAUUGACGACAUCCUACCAAAUCUCCCUUUUCCUGUGUCCCAAUCUCCCCAUCCCCCAGAGCCCCAAACUUCCCAUGACGAUGCCCUCCACUCUCUUCGAGCCCUCCUCUCCCAAACAUCUGACCUCACCCACGCCCUUCGUGCUCUCAAUGAUACCAUUCACGAAUCCCGCCAGCUUACCUCAGCGGCAGCACGACGGCUGAAGUCCGUACGUGAACUGGUUGCAGAGAUGCGUCGGGAAGAAGAGCGGCGAGAGGAGGGGACAAGGUGGAUUGAAAAAGGAGAGUGGGACCGGCGAUUACAACAACGAGAAGCCGGAAGGGUAUGCGGGGAUGUGGUGAGUGGGUUUGAAGCUGUUUGUGGAGAAUGGAGGGCUCGACUCUUUGGGCCCGAAGUUGCCGCUGCAUAA